AAGCCCGGAUCGAUUGCCCACUACCCACUCAUCUCUUGAUCUGUCCCCGCUUCUCUCCCCGCGCGCCACUCUCCCUCAUUAACAUAACGGCGAACAACAUUAACAUAACAUAAUUUAUGCUAAGUUAUUCCCGCCAAAAAAAACUGCGAAAAAAUCCUCACAGCGCUGUUCCAUUGGAAGCUCUUUGCGAGGCCUGAGGCGACGUAUUUCCAGCUGUUCGCCAUGCAGAGCAAGCUCUCAGCAGAAUCGACCUCCACCACCUCGUCCACCACCACGCCCCCUGUCCCCACCACCUCCUCCUCGUCCACCUCCUCGUCCACCUCCUCGUCCACCACCUCCACCACCACCUCCACCAGCUCGUCAGCCCCGCUGAGGGUCUGUGUAGCCACGUGUAACCGUGCCGAUUACUCGAAGCUGGCCCCCAUCAUGCGGGGACUCCGUGCCAGGCCAGAAUCCUUCACACUGAGCGUUGUGGUGCUGGGCUCGCAUCUCAUUGAUGACUACGGCAACACGUACCGUCUGAUCGAGCAGGAUGGCUUCGUAGUGGACUCCCGUCUUCACACGAUCGUCCGUGGGGAGGACGAAGCAGCGAUGGUGGAGUCGGUCGGACUCGCCCUGGUCAAGCUUCCUGACGUGCUCACAAGACUCCGCCCACAGAUCCUGGUGGUCCAUGGAGAUCGAUUUGAUGCCCUUGCUCUGGCUACGAGUGCGGCACUCAUGAACAUCCGUAUCUUACACGUGGAGGGUGGGGAGGUGAGUGGCACCAUUGACGACUCCAUCCGGCACGCCAUUACUAAGCUAUCACACCUGCACGUGUGCUGUACGUCACGUGCUGAGCAGCACCUCAUCGCUAUGUGUGAAGACCCUGCACGGAUCCUCUUAGCCGGCUGUCCCUCUUACGAUGAGCUCCUGGCCUGGGCUCCCAGAGACCCAUCACUCGCUAUCAGCACUUGGCUAGGCCCGCUCGCACGUCCACGUGAUUACGUAGUUGCUCUUCAGCAUCCCGUCACCACCGACAUCGCUCACUCCGUGAAGAUGUUUGGCCUCAUGCUGGACGCUCUGCUGGAGUUUGGCAAGCCAACUCUCAUCCUGUUUCCUAACGUCGACGCAGGAAGCAAGGACAUGGUUCGAGUGCUCCGCUGUCGUGGCCUGGAGCGCCAUUCCGGCUUCCGUUGUGUCAAGCACGUGCCCUUUGAGCAGUUCUGCCUGCUGGUGGCUAAUGCCGGCUGCUUGGUCGGGAACUCGAGCUGUGGGGUGAGAGAGGCCGGAGCCUUCGGUACGCCGGUGGUGAACCUGGGCACUCGGCAAAGUGGGCGGGAGACCGGAGAGAAUGUGCUCCAUGUACGAGAUGCUGACACCAAGGGCAAGAUCACUCAUGCACUUCACCUGCAGCACGGCAAGCAAUACCCCUGCUCCAAGAUCUACGGUGAUGGCCAAGCUGUUCCCCGAAUCCUCCGCUUCUUGUUGGAGGUCCCCUUGGGAUCGAGCGUACAGAAGAGCUUCACAUUUCCCCGCAUGCGAGACUCCGUGUCCAGGGACAUCGACCACAUCCUGGAGGUCCAGAGUGCCCUGGCGAUAGACCUGGGAGGCACAAAUCUCAGAGUCGCCAUCAUCACCAGUAAGGGAGACAUUAUGUGGAAGGUCCAGGUGGAGAAUCCCGGCACGUACGAGGAGAGGAUGAAGUUGAUGCUUUCCCUGUGCCAUGACGGGAUGAGUCAGGCACUGUCCCUCAACUGCAGGAUACUCGGUGUGGGCGUCUCUACAGGAGGCCGUGUGGACUCUCAGGAGGGAGUGAUCCUUCAUGCCACCGCCAUCAUAUCUGAGUGGACCUCGGUGGACGUGAGGUCGCCUCUCUCCGAGGCGCUCCACCUGCCCGUGUGGGUGGACAAUGAUGGCAACUGUGCAGCGCUGGGCGAGCGGAGGUUCGGAGUCGCCCGCGGAGUGGAUGACUUUGUUGCCGUGGUGACUGGGACCGGCAUAGGAGGAGGUAUCGUGCAUCACGGCGAGUUGCUGCACGGGAGCUCGUUCUGCGCUGCCGAGUUUGGCCAUGUGGCCGUGUCCAUGGACGGGCCUCUGUGCCUGUGUGGCAGCACGGGCUGUGUGGAGGCCUAUGCCUCGGGGACGGCCCUGCAGCGGGAGGCCCGGAGCCUGCACAGCGCUGGUGAGCUGCUGACUGCCGGGAUGACGCUGGAAAUUGGUGAGGAGGUCACCGCCGCUCACCUCCUCCUGGCCGCUAAGAACGGCAACGCCAAGGCGGAGGCCGUGAUCCAGUACGCGGGCCGUGCCCUGGGUGUGGCCGUGGUUAGUCUGCUCCACACCGUCAACCCGUCGCUCGUGGUCCUCUGCGGCCUCCUCUCCGGCGUCUACGAGGCCCCCGUGGGCCAAGCCGUGGCCCUCAGGGCCCUCCCCGGAGGCCCGGGGAGGCCGCACGCCGCCCGGGUGGUGACGUCCCGCCUGGCCGAGCCCGCGCUGAUGGGGGCGGCGAGCAUGGUGCUGGACUACGGCAGUCGGAGGACGUACUGACUGGGGUCGGUCGGUCGGUCGGUCGGUCGGGCGGUCAGUCAGGCAGUCAGGCAGUCAGGCAGUCAGUCAGUCACUCAGUCACUCAGUCAGUCAGUCAGUCACUCACUCAGUCACUCACUCAGUCAGUCACUCACUCCCGUGAUGACCCACACGGUGGUGAGCAGUCAGUGGCUCAGUCAGUCACUCAGUCAGUGGCUCAAUCGGUCAGGCAGUCAGUUAGUCAGUCACUCGGUCAGUUAGUCAGUCAGUGGCUCAGUCAGUCACUCAGUCAGUGGCUCAGUCGGUCAG